AUGGGUAAGAAGGCGAAGGCUCAGUCGGCGGAGGGUGCGCCGGCAAUAGCUGCAGCCAGCACGGCUACGGGGGGAUUUCCGCUGGCAACUACAAAGGUUGAUCCCGGUUUGGCGGCGCUGUUUGCGCAGAGUGCUGGACCAGUAAAGGAGCCAGAAUUGAAGCCUGUCUCUAGAAGGCUGGAGAAAGAAGCAGACGACGAUGAGGAAGAGGAUAUAGGGGAGGGAGAGGAGGAUGAAGAAGUGGACGAUGAAGAUGAAGACGAAGAGGAGGAGGAUGACGACGACGUUGAAAUGGAAGAUGUAGAGGAGAAGUCUUCACGGAAGCGCAAGAGAGGAGCAGAGAACGAUGAUCUGGAAGCCGCCUAUUUAGACCGGUUGUCUAGAGAAGACGACCGAGAACGGAAGAAAGAAGCCGAAAAGACCAAGAGAGUCAAGACGGCAGGUGAAGACGAGGGAGACGAAGAUGAUGAUGAGGAGGAUGAUGAUGAAGAAAGAGAAGAAGACAAGAUACCCAUGCACGAGUCUGUUUCGAAAAGCAGUAAAUCUGACCCAAUGGACAAGCCCUCACGCACACUCUUCCUGUCCAACGUCUCUACCGAAGCCAUAAAGUCGAAAUCCGCCAAAAAGACCCUUCUCAACCACCUCUCCUCCCUUCUCCCCAAGCCAUCAUCUACAGACACACCAUCACCAAUACACAAGAUAGAAUCACUUCGGUUCCGCUCGACAGCCUUCAGCUCAACCGCACUACCACGCCGAGCAGCCUAUGCUAAAAAGGAACUUAUGGACUCUACUACGAAAGGCACCAAUGUAUACGUGGUGUACUCUACGGUACUAGCAGCUAAAAAGGCACUUAAGCUUAAUGGUACGAUGGUGCUAGAUCGACAUAUACGCGUUGAUAGCGUGUCGAAGCCUUCUCCCACCGACCAUACCCGCUGUGUGUUCGUGGGGAACCUAGGCUUCGUUGAUGAAGAAACGCAACCCGCACCAGAUGAGGGAGAUGGGGAGGUCAAGAAAAAGGCUAAAAAGGGGUCAGAGGCAGGAGACGUCGAGGAAGGACUAUGGCGUACUUUCAACGAGCGGUGUGGAGGCGAGGGUGUGGUUGAGAGUGUUCGUGUUGUGCGUGACAGGCUUACUCGAGUCGGAAAGGGGUUCGCAUAUGUCCAGUUUAAAGAUGAGAAUUGCGUUGAGGCUGCGCUGUUGUUGGACGGGAAGAAGUUCCCUCCUAUGCUGCCUAGGAAGCUGAGGGUUACGAGAGCUAAGAAGGUGGCUGUGGGAUCUGAGGGGGUUAGGGAGGGAGUCGCUAAACAGCGAGAGAAGGGAGGGAAGGGCAGGAAGGAUGAGAAGUUGUUUGGGCGGGCUGUUGCUGCUGGGUUGAAGAGCGAGGAGAGAGAGAAGCAGAGGCAGAAGCAGAAGCAGAAGAGCGGACGUGGAUGGGGCAAGGAUGCUAAUGCUGUUCCGUUGGGUAGUAAAGGAGGGAAUGGGAGUGGUACGACGUUGGUGUUUGAGGGAUACCGAGCGAAGGACGGGAACAAGCCGGCGUUUAAGAUGAAGAAGAGCAAAGGCGGCAAGCCGAAGACCCGAAGCUCCCGACGGGCCAGCGCGUACAAGUCGAGAAACAAGUAG